AAUCAGAGCGCGCGUAAUAUGAAAGUUAUUUUAUAAAAGGCUUUGCUUCUGGUUUAUUCUUCAAUAAUUUCUCUAAAUAUUUGUUACUGUCUUUUAGGACAUAUUAAAUAAACUAGAAACAACAACAACAAAAAAACCCUCAUUACUUCAUUAAUCCAAUCUUUCCUUCGUUCCUCAUUCCCGAUUGUAUUGUUGUGACCACUAAAAGCGCACCUAACGCUGUUGCUAAGUUACAUAUUACAAUAUGGCGGCCUGUUCCUUACAUUACAUCAUCAGCCAUAUUCAUCCGCACUGCGUAAUUCUAAAUCUCACGAGACUUGGUAUUUACAAAUCAAAUUAUACAAUGACAACAGAGCUAUAAAUAUGUGGUGUCUUGUAUAAAAGUCGGUAUCUGUAGGUACGCUGUUCAGCAUCUACACAGCCGAUUUAGAUCGAAUUUUGGCCUGCGCUCGCCGUAGCUGUUUUAAGCUGAUGUUCAUUACGGUUAUCAUGUCAGAAACAGCAGAUAACGCUGUGACACAGAUGACAAGAGCUGUUGUUAAAAUCGUCAGCUCUUCCAACUUUAACAAGGAUGACUUYCUAGCUGAAAAGCUGAAGCUUUCCCAAGCUUUUUGCUUGUUGUGGCAAGACCCGAAGAGCGGYGAUGUUUCAGGAAGAAAGCUUAGUUGUGAGUGCAAUGCAGCUGCCGCCGCCGCGGCCUUGRUCGACUUGGUCGCCUUGGGCAGAGUAGAAGUCGAAGUAAAGCCAAACAGAACGCUUGGAUUUAGAAAUGACCUUAAUCUKUUGAAGGUCAUAAAUGAACAGCCAACUGGUACGUUUCUUGACGACACAGUAUUUGACAAAAGGCUCAAAAUUUUCAACAAAGCAGCACCAAAURAAURCAAACCUGAAAAAGUCAAAGAUAUARUAUUUGGAGAUUUAUGGCGAUGGACYUCCACAAAUCAAGUUUCAACUCUUGCUCUAAAAAGUUUGGUUGACCUUGGUGUCCUGAGCAUGAAGGAAACAUGUUGGGGUCGUCGAUAUCCAAUUGAAAAACCAGGUAUUAAUAUACUUGCAGACGAAUAA